AUGCCUUACGAUCGCUACGGAUCAGACGGCCUGCAAGUGAGCCGAGAGCCCGACAGCUAUCCGGAGAUUGUCCACAAGCCGAGCCAAGCAUUCCACCCAGCCUCCUACAAUGUACAAUCACAGGACUUUACUGCCAAAGAGACACCGACAUCAGUCAGAAACCUCCGCCAGCCGACUAUAUGUGGCAUCACUUCUGGCGGCUCCUCUACUAGUGUCGCACAAGCUUCUCCGUCGUCAACGUCUUCCGAGACAGCGUCGUCGCAUUCCACGUCGUCCGCGGCGCCAGGAUCACCAUCUCCUACCAUCGUGCACAGUAGCGACUGCCCGACCUCCAACGGUACCAGUUACAAUUCCAUGUCAUUCGCAAGUGGCAAUAACGGCCCGAUUCCCGACGGCGCAGAAAACGGUCUGAAGUUUGUCAAGGUGUGUGGGACGAGCCUCCGCAGCGGCUCAAAUAUUGCUCAGGGUGUGGUUGCCACGCUCGAUGAGUGCAUCGAUCUCUGCGCAAGCUACAAUUUCUGGUCAGGCACGACAAAUUGCACGAGCGCCUCAUACAAUAGUAUUAUAAUAUAA